AUGUAGAUAAUUUCUGGUUCCCUGGUGACCACUGUGGUGAAAAUGAGCUCUUAGCGACUCUACAACACUGCCAGUAUUGUACACGCCUUCGUUUCUUUAUUCACCGGUCUUCUUUUUGUGAAUUAAACAACUUAAACGCCGGUGUGGAUGUAACAGGAAGAUCAACGUUACUUCCAGGGGGUUUGCACCUUCACAUUCUGUUCUGUUCAGUCCGACAUGAAAAGAAACGGCGCCUAUAGGUUUUUAUCUGUGUUCUCAUGCUUCGUCGUUUGCGCGUUCUUGUUUAUAUUUUGGUUCUUUAUAUUUUACUCGAUGUUACAUGCUCCGUAAGGCACAGAAAAAGACUCUAGUAGCGGCUAGCUAAGCUAAUCUUGCUGGCUGCUUACCCACACUGCAUUGCUCUGUUGACAAGUCUCGUGCUCACAUGAUCCGCUGGACCAGGAAGUGAGGAUAUCUGCUUGUAGUUCUUGGCUGUUGGUGAAGUUGUGAUGGCGUCUGGCACCAGUGAAGCCGUGUCCUCUGCUGCAGACCUCAAGCUGCAGUUUGCUCCCUUCAGCAGCGCUCUGGAGGCAGGAUUCUGGCACCAGCUCACUCAGAAGAAACUCAACGACUACAGACUGGACGAGAGUCCCAAAUGUAUCAAAGGUUAUUACUACAAUGGUGACCCACUUGGUUUGCCGACACGUCUGACUCUGGAGUUCAGUGCUUUUGAAGUGGAUGGUCCAACACCAGCGCGUUGUUGUCCCGCUCUUGGAACUCUGUACAACACCAACACUCUUGAUGCUUUCAAGACCACUGACAAGAAAGCUCUGCUGGAGAAAGAAGCCAAGGAGAUUUGGGAUGCUAUACAGUCUGGAGCAGCACUGAAGGACCCGUCCAUCCUCUCCAGAUUCAUUCUGCUGACCUUUGCAGAUUUGAAGAAGUACCAUUUCUUCUACUGGUUCUGUUUCCCUGCGCUCUGUUUUCCAGAGGGGAUAAAGAUUGUGCAACAGCCUUCUAUGCUAGAGCAAGUUUUCUCAGCUAAGCAGAUCACAGCCCUGCAGGAGGCCUAUGAUGGCCUGUGUAUCAAAAGAGGGACCACAGCAGUUCCUUACUUUAUAAUGAAGUACACAGAUGAUGCUGUUCAAAUGGCUACACUUGGAGAGUGGGAUGAUUUCUUCACUGAUGCCAAGAAGGUCUCUGUGGGUGUUUAUGAUCCUUGUACUCUGUCUCAACAUCCUGGCUGGCCGCUGAGAAAUCUGCUGGUCCUGUUAGCCAAUAGAUGGGGCUCGAAGUUGGACACAGUUGAGGUGCUGUGCUUCAGAGACAGGACUCUGCAGGGAAUCCGCUCCAUUCAGCACAGCCUCAUCUUCCAGAUCAAAAUACCUGAGCUUCCCCACAACACCGCAUGCCCUAAGAGUGUAGGUUGGGAGAAGAAUCCUAAGGGGGCCAUGGGACCCAGGAUGGUCAACCUUAGUGAAUGCAUGGAUCCUAAAAGGCUUGCAGAGUCAUCGGUGGAUCUGAACCUGAAACUGAUGAGAUGGAGGCUGGUUCCCUCACUGGAUCUGGACAAGGUGGUCAGCACAAAGUGUCUCCUACUAGGAGCUGGGACUCUGGGCUGCAAUGUAGCCAGGACUUUAAUGGGAUGGGGAGUGAGACACAUCACAUUUGUAGACAAUGCAAAGAUCUCAUACUCUAAUCCGGUGCGGCAGCCGCUCUAUGAGUUUGAAGACUGUCUUGAAGGAGGGAAGUCCAAGGCUAUAGCAGCUGUGGACCGACUCACCAAAAUCUUUCCUGGAGUGAAUGCAAAAGGAUACAAUAUGAGCAUCCCCAUGCCUGGGCACCCUGUGAAUUUCUCUCAAACCACUCAGUCCCAGGCCCAAAAGGAUGUCGAGCAGCUGGAGAAGCUCAUUUCAGAACAUGAUGUGGUCUUUUUGCUGAUGGAUACGAGGGAGAGCCGCUGGCUGCCGACAGUGAUCGCUGCCAGCAAGAGAAAGCUCGUGGUGAAUGCUGCUCUAGGCUUUGACACGUUUGUCGUGAUGCGCCAUGGCCUGAAGAAACCCCCAGUCAGUCAGAGUGUUUCUGCAGGGACAGACUCCUCUGCUUCCUGUUCCUCUGCUUCUUCCUCAUCCUCUACACCAGCUGGCUCUGCGCCCAGCGUCCCAGGAUCCUCUCUAUUCUCCAACAUCCCCGGGCACAAGCUGGGCUGCUACUUCUGCAAUGAUGUUGUGGCACCAGGAGAUUCAACCAGGGAUCGGACUCUGGAUCAGCAGUGCACAGUCAGCAGGCCAGGCCUGGCCAUGAUUGCUGGAGCUCUGGCUGUAGAGAUGAUGGUGUCCAUCCUGCAGCACAGUGAAGGGGGCUAUGCAGUGGCCAGUAGCAGUGAUGACAGAAUGAAUGAGCCUCCCACCUCUCUGGGUCUGGUGCCACAUCAGAUCCGAGGUUUUCUAUCGAGGUUUGACAACGUCCUGCCUGCCAGCUUGGCCUUUGACAAAUGCACCGCCUGCUCACCCAUUGUUCUCGACCACUAUGAGAGGGAAGGUUUCAACUUCCUGUCCAAGGUUUUCAAUUCUUCUCACUCAUUCCUUGAAGACCUGACCGGGCUGACACUGUUACACCAGGAGACGCAGGCUGCAGAGAUUUGGGAUAUGAGCGAUGAUGAGAGCAUUUAAAGGACUGUGGGAAUAAACCCUGAACCUCAGAAGGACUCAGCACUCCAUCCCUGCUGCUGCCAGUUUCUCUAAGAAAUUCAUGUUCACAAUGGGGGCAAGAGAGGAACGAAGACCUUGCAGAGAAUAAAUGAUUUAUUCAUGAAACUGAAGUAAUUACAACCAAUCAUAUUCCAUAAAAUUCUUCAGAAUAAUGGCUAAAAAGCUUUAAAUAGGUCUCCAUUCUUGUGAACCAAAGGAUUGGGCUUUAAGAAUACGGCAGUGACAGAAAUGUCAUAUAUUAAACUUACUUUUGUACUUUUUAACGUUUUUUUUUUUCCUGUUAUUAUACUAGAAACAGAAUCAGAGCUUGAACAAAUACAGUUCCACAUGGUGAUUAUGUUGUCAACAUUUUCAGUACCAUGUUUUAAACAAUACAGACUCCAUACACAUCUUUGAUAGGACUGAAGAGAGAUUUUUUCUGGAAGCCACAGAGUGUUUAAAAAUGGUAUUGUGGCAACCUAAGGGUUUUUUUUUUGUUGUUUAGUUUUUUUUACAGCAAAUGUACCUGGUAGUAUCACCUGUUAACGUGUGAUCAGUCACAUUUACUCAGUAUUUGGAGUCUUGGAUGAAUCACAGCACUUGUUAUUGAGAAAAAAAAGCUUUUUUAAGAAAAGUCUAUGAAUAUUGACAUGUUUGAUCCUUCCUCUAGUCUCUUUUAAAAACACUCUUAAAAAGUGUGCUGGAGUGUCUUUUAGCAAGACUUGAACCAGCUGUAUCUGUGCGUUCAUUCAGUUUGGAAAAGAGCUUCAGACUGAUGUGAGAAUACAAAAUCACUGUUAAAAAGACCAAGAGAUUUCCUGUCUGUUUACUGGGGUCUAACAUUUGAUAGAAAUAAUCCUGAAACCAGCUUUGUUACUUUGAAAAGUUGAUAACCAGCACAUAAAUGUUGCUGAACAGUGGCCUCUGAUUUAUAACCUGGACGCCGUAACUGCACAUUUAUUUUAGAAACAGCCUAUGGAGAAAACAAAGCUCCAUCAAGGUUUAAUGCAUGCCUGUGUUUGUCCUUAUAGUUCAUGUUGUUUUUCUGCUGUCCUUAUUGUUUGAACUGCUGACAUUCAAUGUUUCAGUGUAAAUGUUUCCACAUUCACUUGCAGAAAAAGGCUCAAGUUAAAGGUGCCCUGUGAAGUUUUCUAUCAUGAGAAGAAAUGCUUUUAUGAAUGGGUCUGAAUUCCAAAAAGUCAGUUCUGCCUAUUGUUUUCAAAAAGACGACUCAUAGCUGGAGUUGAUAAUACUCAACAUAUAUGCAUGAAGGUAAAACUUGAAGUGGCUCCCCAGGGCACCUUUAAGCCAGACUUGCUAGAAAAUGCAUAGUAAAAAUGUACAACAAAAUGAAGUUAUGUUUUUUACCAUAAAAUUAAGGUUAAAGUUUUUCAUUCUAACUUGGUUUUAAUAAUUCUGACUAUUCACCUCAUGGGCCACACCUCUCUUCUGUAUUUAACCAAAAAACUGGA